AUGAGCCCAAGUUUACCAAUUCCAGAUUUCCAAGAUGCCCCUCAAAAUUUAUUAAGAGAUGAAAUUUUUGGAAUCAUUGAAAAAAUUAAAAUUAAAUAUGAUCCAAAUAUUAUUGGUAUGGUUUCAUAUAUUCCAACAUUUUUCGAUUUUGGAUCAAUUUUUCAAUAUAAAGCAUCAGAUAGAUUAUCAGUUUUAAGAAGUGUUAAAUCAAACUUUUUAAAUAUUGCCAAACAAGCUGAAUCAUCAUUGGAAAAGAUGGAUGCAAUUAAUAAACCAAAUAUUCAUUUAUUUAUUACAAGAAUUGUUAUUCAAAAUGUACCAGGUAAAUCAGGUACAUCAAAGAAAUCAACAUUUUAUCCAGAUGGUACAUUGGAAAUUCAAACCGUUUUUGAGGAUUCAUUAAAUUGUCAAUAUUAUUUAGAGAAAAAGAUAAUUCAAACAUUGAAUGAGUUCCGUCCAUUACAAGGAGCAGAGAUUCCAGUUAAAGUCCCAGCAGCAGACGCACCAGCAUUCGUUGCAGCAGCACCAGUCGCAGCAGCACCAGCACAAGUUCAAUCACCAGCAUCAUUUACACCAACACCAAUUCCAACACAAGCACCAGUUACAGCAAGUGUUGUCGCACCAACUACCGCACAAUCAGCUCAAUUCAUUGACCUUUCAAUUCCAUCCUAUCCAAAUGGUGCUUGGGAAACCUUGAAAAAUGAUAUUGUAAACUCAUUGAAACCAAUUAAAAUUGAUAAUUCAAUUUUACCAGGUCCACCAUUUGAUGCACAAUUGGGUGUCGAUUGGGCAUCAGUUCCAUUAUCUGGCGCAGAUUUUAAUGCAGUACUUAGAUCAAUGAAAACUAAUAUUCCAAACAUUAGUAAACAAAUCGUACCAGCCAUCCAAAAAUUGGAAGAAUUUAGAAAACCAAUGAUUGCAGAUUUUAUGGUUUCAAUUGUUUUCCAAAAUGUUGCAGGUAAACAAUCUGCCUCAAAGAAAGCUUUCUUAUCUGCUGAAGGUGCUCUCAUCAUUCAAGUACCAUUUGAAGAUGCUUUAAAUUGUUCGUAUUAUUUUGAAAAGAAAAUUACAUCUGGUCUUCAAGAAUUUGCACCACCAAGUUCUGCACCAGCUGCUAAAAUCACUUCACCAGUUGUUGAAACUCCAUCACCAGUUGUCGCACCACCAGUUGUUGUUGCUCAACCAACUCCAGUUAUGCAACCAACUUAUUCAGUUCCACAACCACAACAACCAAAACCAGCAGCAGUUUAUGUACCACAUUAUUCAACUCAACCACAAGCAGUAGUAGCACCACCAACACCAGCACCAGCACCAGUUGUUGUUCAACCAAUUGUUAAAGAACCACCAAAACCAAAGGGUAGAGUUGAAAUGGAAUUUAAACCAAAUAUUGAAGAUUUUAAUCAAUUAUUUUUAAUUAGAGAAAUCGAUUAUUUCCUUCAAAAGAUGGUUAUUGUCGAUGAAAAAGAUCAACCAUUUGGUGUACCAAUUUAUAUUGAUUGGGCAUCAGUUAUGGUUUAUCCAUCAGCAAUUAAACAAAAUACAAUCAUUAGAAAUGUAAAUCUUGCAAUCUAUCGUUUACUUCGUGAUAUUGUAGUAGCAGUAAAGAUGGCAUGCACAGAUUUUGGUAAUCGUGAUAAUGUUGUUGAAUACCUUCGUUCAGUUACAAUUCAAAAUAUGCAAGGUAGUUCAAGUUCAUUGAAAAAGGUUGUCUAUGAAGAUGGUCAUUUAAUUGUUCAAACUAUUUUCGAAGAUUUUGGUAAUUGUGGUCUCUAUUUCGAUUCAAAAGUGAUUCAAGCACUUCAAUCACGUCCAUCAACACCAACUCCAAAGAAACCAGAAGCUAUUGUUAUCAUUAAAGAAGAGGUCGACAUUCGUUAUCGUGCCCAUAAGAGUGUUGUAAACAAAGAUGGUCAACAAUAUACACCAUCAUGUGAUGUAGAAUGUGAUUGGGCAUCAUUCUCUCAUAAAGCUUAUGAAGGUACAAACAUUGAAAAUAAUAUCAUCUCCUUAUCAAAUAAUAUUUUCGUUGAUCUUCAUCAAUCAAUUCUUUCAUUCAAUAAAGAUGAAAUUGAAAUUUUAAUGAAAGAAAUUACUCAUAUUAAAUUUUCUCAAGCCACACCAGGUAAAACCAUCUUUGAUAAACGUACCACAACAAUGGCUGAUAAUGGUGUCUUAACAAUUACCACAACUUUUGAAGAUAGAAAUGAAGGUUUUAAAACUUUUAAAGAGAAACUUCGUCAAUUAUUUACUGCUCGUCUUUACAAAGUUCAAAUUCGUGAUACAUUAGUACCAGCUCUCAAAGAAAUGAUUGAUCUUGCCGUUAAAAUUCAAUAUAAAGCAAACUUUUUAGAUAAUAUUCCAGUUACACCAUUUGCUGAUUAUUCAAGUAAAGUCAUUUUCGAUUGGCAAGUUGUUGAUAAAGAAUCAUUAGAGAAUCAAGUUAAUUUCUAUAAAGCACUCACUGAUAACUUGAAAACCACUGCUACAUUUGCAAAGGUAUUGGAUGGUGCAAUUCGUGAUAUUUGUUCUUAUGAUGUUGGUAAAAAUGAAUUUGUCAAUUGUACAACUUUUAUUCUUCGUGAUAUUAUCAGAGCUAAAGAAGAGGUUGUUAAAAAUACAACACCAUCAACUUGGGAAUUCUCAGCAUGUUUCCAUGGUCCAGCUUUAAGUACAAAUAAAUCAACCUUAACAACUCUAUUCAAAGAAACUUUAUCAGUUGCCUUCCCAUGUGCUAUUCAAGAUACAUUCCCAUUAAUUGAUGAAUUAGUUGAAGAUUUAGAAAGUUCAACAGGUAAGAAAGUACCAGUUGUAAUUAAUUAUGAUAGUUGGAGAAAUGUUGAAUCAUUUAGAGAUGAUACCACAUCUUAUAAAAGUAUUAAAGAUAUCGUUGUUAAUGUACCAAGAAGAGGUUUAGGUGCAAUUAUGGAUUUGGUUAAAGAUGAAAUCGUCAAAGAGGAAUAUAAUAAAAAAGUUAAUAAAAUCAUUAUCGUUUGUGAUCCAUCUAAUAAAGUUGAAGCAUCACGUUCAAAAGAUCCAAAUGUACUUGGUAAAUUAGUAAAUGGUGAAUUAACAUUCACUCUUAAUUUCAGAGAUGCUAAAUCUGGAACCACAAAAUCAUGGGAUUAUCAAUUGGAAUUAAUGUUACAAACUCGUCCACUCAAGAUUCAAAGAGCUAUUAAUAAAGCCAAGAUGUCAUUAGAUGAAGUUACAAAGAAAUUCUCUGCACUCAUUGGUAAACAAGUACCAGUUUCAGUUGAUUACAAUGGUUUCAUUAAUGAUAGUCAUUUCAUUGUAGAUUUGGAAGAAGAAGUCUAUACCAAGGUUAUUUCAUCAUUUGCUCAUCUUUUAACCAAAGGUUGGAUUGAUAAUGGUCCAGCUGCUGAACUUUUAACUUAUGAUACCGUUAAGAAAUCAAUUCAAAAUCAAAUGACCAACUUGAAAUUUGUUAUCAAUUGCGCAUCAUCUCAAAAAGAAAAUUAUGAAUUUAGUUUCAAUGGUACUGAAUUCAUUGCUGGUUUAAAUUUAAAUUCAGCAUGUAAAGUAGAAUUAAAAGAAUGGAGAUUAGAAAUGGAAAGAAUGUUCAAACUUCGUGAUCUUAGACUUCGUGAAGAAAUUGCAGUUAGAGUUGAUUUAUCACAAUCAAAGAAAGCCAUCGAUGCUGUCAUUGGUAGACCAGUUCAACUUGAAAUCGAUUGGGAAUCACUCAUUAGAAAUGCAGAUUUCCUUUGUAAUCUCAAUGAUUAUUGUAAAGUUAUUCAUGUUUUCUCUGAAGAUAUCUCAAUGGAAUUAUCAACUAAAUAUGGUUUUGGUAGAUGUGUAGAAUAUACUGAAAUCCAAGCAUUCGUUCAAAAUAAUCUCUCAAAAAUUGUAAUCUGUGCUGGUAAUUCAUUAUCAGGUGUUGAUAUCUCUUAUGAUAAAUCUUCAAAAACCAUCAAAGUUUCCGUUGGAAUUAAAGUACUUUAUAAACAAAUUCAAGCAAAUACCAAUAAUUAUGAAUCCUAUGGUAGACAAAUUGAAAAUGUUAUGGGCUUACGUAUGAUGAUGAUUCAAGGUUAUAUUAAACGUAAUAAUCCACCAGCCAUUGAAGAUGCUAAAUCACGUUUAAGAGAAGCCGUUGAAAUGGAUGUUAGUUUAGAAAUUGAAUGGUCUUCAAUCAUUGAUCAUCCAUCAUUUAAUAAGAUUGUUGAAUUUGUUCCAGUAUUAAAGAAUAUCGUUUCAUUAUCAGCCCAACUCAAUCCAUUAGUUAAAUUAUGUCGUGAAAAUUUCGAAGCUAAAGCUCAACUUAAAGCAGUACGUAAUUAUACAAUCAUUGUUGAUGGUAGUAGUCGUGUCGAUGAAGGUGAAUUUGAUACCAAUAAAUUUGGUGUUGACUGGGCUAAAGUAUCAUGGAAAGCUCCACCAGCUCGUGAUCAUAUCGUAGUUACCGUCAAUCUCGAAUCAAUCAUUAAAACUUCACCACAUGACCUUUCAAUUGAAGAUAAAAUCGAAUUCCUUGUCACUCCAGAUAAGGCAAUUGAACGUUUCAAUAGAAAAGAAGAUUUAGAAAAUCGUGAACAUGAUAGACGUAUGGCAGAACGUCGUCAUAAUGAACAAAUGCGUGCUGAUGAAAGAUUAGCUGAUGCUGCUCGUGAUAGAAAUAGAGAAUUAGAAAGAUUAAAUAGAAAUUUAACAAGAAGAUAUUAA